UCGGUACCGGUGCACCAGUGUUCACUGUUGGAGGUUUCUGUUUCGCCGUCCAUCGUUCACAGGGUGCACGAGCCUCCGUUUAUCGAUCAGCACUGGUCGAUUAUCGAUGCCGCCGCUGCGCAGCCGCCCCGCGCGCCCCCUCUCAUCAGUACAUCCGUGUUGUCUGACCGGAGGAUGAGUCGGUAGGACGCCAGCAGCUCGCUAACGUUACCGAGCGGCGGCACCGGGCGGACUUCUCAUGCCCGUUCAUGUUCUGUCUUCGUUCAGCGGAGCCGUUACCGUCACGAACCGGUCCGGACGUUACAUGGCCGUCGGUCGGUGUUCCGUCGGGCUGCCCGGUUAGCGGCAGGAUGCAGCCGCUAGCCGCCGUUAGCUCCGCAGCCGUUUAUUUAUCUCGGUGUUAUGUAAGCGCGGAGCCCGUGUAGCCGCGCAGCUAACGUUAGCCUGUAGCAUGAACGACGCGCAGCAAGAAAUGUCCCCGGACUUCGUCCUGAUGCGGCUCGUGUCCGCGGCCGAGUACGACCGGCUGGAUGAGCCCGACGACCUUAUGUCCGGAGGCGGCGGGUUCGGGCCCGUCAAAGCCGUGCUGGGACACCACGGUGGCGGGUUUGAUCUGGACCCCAGCGGCCCCUCGGCAGGCCUCGGCUCGGCCUCCCCGCACUAUAGCUCGCCGCUCCCCGGAAAAGGCGAGCUGGACGGCGGGCUGGUGUUGACUCAGGCCCCGCCGGGCUCCGAUGCGUCGCUGUCCCCUCCGCCGCCCGAGGACUUUGCAGUAGCUGCCCAGCGGUUUGUGGACUUCCCGGUUCCGCACGGGCACGGCUCGGGGGGGCGCGGGUCGAGGGCGCAGCUGAUGGUGUUUCAGAACCUGCUGCGUUCCGGAGACCGGAUACUUGAGUGCGGGCUGGAGCAGCCGCCCCCGAGGUUUCUCCAGGAGGAAGCAGAAAGACAGAGACAGCAGCUAGAUGCCGGAUCAGGUACUGGUCCCGGUGGGACAACAGCUGGUCCCGGGCCGGGAGGCGGGAAGGACCAGAACUCUCACUGCAAUCCCUCUGCAGAGGAAAACCUGCAGCCACAGCAGCCACAGGUCCUCCAGUGGCACCCGGUCCUCAGACUUUCCAAAGGGUCUGACGGGUCCCAGACUCCUCAGCAGGGUGUUCAGGACUCUGAGUCGGGGUCUGUCCUGUGCCACCAACACCGCCUGCUGACAGACCGACUCACUAAGUGGCCCCCAGGCCUGCUGGACCAAGCCUUGCGUCUGGGCCUGCUGGAACCCAGGAAGAACUGCUCUGCCGGGGGGGAGGACCCGGUUCUGGCUCUGGCCCGGAGGCUGGGUCAGAUGGGUGAGGGGAGGGAGGGCGGUGGAGUGGGAGGUGUGGGAGAGGAGAUGGUGCUCCCGCUCCCUCGGUGCUCCUGUCACAGUGUCCUAGCCUCGGGGACGGGAGGCAUGGGGCCUGGUGAGGACCCAAGUGAGACCAGCGAUGCCCUGCUGGUCCUUGAAGGUCUGGGGUCUGAAGAGGUGGGAGGGCUGGGUGAGAGCGGGGACAGGAGUGGAGGGAACUUGGGGAAUGCUGAGAAAGGAGAGAGGGUCGGGGUAGUUGGUGGCGGGGGGACGUCUGGGGGGGCGGGGCCUGUGUUCUCCAGCGGGACUCUGAGUGGUCUGAUGCGGCAGGUCCACAGACUGGCGGAGGAGGCGGGGGUCUGCACUGAUCAGAGCUGCCGGUCAUCUCUGGCUGUCCUGGGUGAUGUGGUGAGUCUGCCUCCCUGUGUGGACCCCCGCAGCACCACCACGCCUUGUCAGUACCCCCCUGUCCGACCACAGGCCCCCCAGGUUGCAGCAGCCCUCAGUGGUCUCCAAGUGUCCCCCGACCCCCUCCCAUCCUCCAGCCCUGACCCGAGCCACCGCCCACAGCAUCAGCACCAGUCCCGGUCCCAGCCCCAGAGCCGCGCCACAACCCCCAAACUUGGCGUGGCCUCGGGGGGAGUGGGGAGGUCGGCCUCCCCCUUAGUGGUCCUGGAGGGGGAGGUGGGAGGAGGAGGGAGGGAGGGGGAAAAGACGCCGCGGGGGAAGUCCAGGAAAGGGGGGUCCCUGAAGGUCAGACUCAGCAAGCUGUUCAGAACCAAGAGCUCCAGUGGGGGGUCAGGGGGGCUGCUGGACAAGAGGCCCUCCCUGGCCUCGUCCACGUCAUCCGGGGGGAGUCUGCUGGACGUGUGGGGGUCCACCUGCAGCAACACGGAGCAGGACAGCAGCAGGCUGCAGGUGUCCCGGCCUCACAGCGCCUUCUCUCCAGUGUCCUUCACUCCUGCUUUCACUGGUGAGACGGUGUCUCUGGUUGAUGUGGAUAUUUCUCGGAGAGGGGGGAACUCCCUCCACCCCCCGACUCCUCCUCCCCCACCCAGACGGAGCCUCAGUCUGCUCGAUGACUUUGGCGGUCCUCCUCAGCACCAGGGCCCGUUCAUGGAGCGCAGUGUGGGGGCGUCGAUGCAGUCUCUGCCCCCCCGCCCGCUGGCCCUGCCCCCCUCCCUCAGCACCAUCCAACACAGCCUGAGCCUCAACGACACCUUCCUGCGAGGUUUACCGAGGCCGGUCCCUCUGCGCCCCGACGGUCAGCACCUCCCGCCCCGACUCGCCUCCCGUUGCCCCCUCAGUCGACCCGACGCCAGCAGCUUCGCCACCAGCCUCAGAGAACUGGAGAAGUGUGGUUGGUACUGGGGGCCGAUGAACUGGGAGGACGCAGAGAUGAAGCUGAAGGGGAAACCUGACGGAUCGUUUCUGGUCCGAGACAGUUCAGAUCCUCGAUACAUCCUGAGUCUGAGCUUCAGGUCUCAGGGAGUCACACACCACACACGCAUGGAGCACUACAGAGGAACCUUCAGUCUGUGGUGUCAUCCGAAGUUCGAGGACCGCUGUCACUCUGUGGUGGAGUUCAUAGAGAGAGCCAUCAUGCACUCCAAGAACGGGAAGUUCCUCUACUUCCUGCGCUCCAGAGUCCCCGGUCUGCCGCCAACCCCGGUCCAGCUCCUGUACCCUGUCUCCAGGUUCAGCAGCGUGAAGUCUCUGCAGCAUCUCUGCCGCUUCUGCAUCAGACAGCUCGUCCGUAUCGACCACAUCCAGGAGCUGCCGCUGCCCACGCCUCUGAUCGCCUACCUGAGGAAGUUUUAUUACUACGACCCCGAGGAGGAGAUCAGCCCGACGCUGAAGGACAGGGGCCCGGAGCGGAGCAGCCGGCCGGGCGUCCAGUCCCAGACGUAGCACCGGAGCCUGAGGACGACUUAUUUUCUGUUCUUUGUUUUUUCUGGUGGUUUUUCGACGCUCGAUCGGCGUAACCGAAGGACGUUCAAACGUUUGAACUGGACUCACAGACUGCAGCCAAUCAGCUUCCUCAGCUCAGUCCUGUAUACGGCCGAGUUUCAGAUGAUCCGCCCUCCUCCGGGCUCUCAGGAUUGGGUCACGGGGAGUCGACCGGGGAGGGGCAGGGGAUGUGGAGACUCCGCCUCUCUUCUGAUGUCAUCACUGAGCAGCUGGACUAAAGGAAACGCAGCUGUUAGCGAAAACAUUGAGUCGCCUCCAGGAUCCUUUAACUUCCUCCGCAGGAAGCUGACAGUCCACAGUGACACUGCAGGCCUCUGUCAGCUCAGCAGCGCAGAGCGAGCCGUGUUAAAGACGGCUCCGCCCUGUCACUCAUCCUGUGUUUUCAUUGGACAGUUUCACUUCACGUCCUGCGACAGGAGAUUUGAGCCACUGAACAAAACUCUGAUGUUCUGAGAAAGUUGUUAUAUCAACAAUAAAAUCAUAAAUUUAUGGGAAAAAGUCAUUUUGAGAAUGAACAUGUGAUGUCUGAAGAAUAAAGUCAGUGAGAACAAA